AUGACGGAAGCAUCCGUGAAUUUUAUCCGGAAUUUGGUCAGAUGCCCUGUAUUAUCUGAAGCAGACAUACUGGUUGCUCUGACGGCAGCCGGGGCAGACGAGACGCUACCGGAUGGGAACAGAAAGCUAGCCCAGCUUGGAUCGGGAGUGACUGGAUUCUUGAUUGAUUUCAGCGGUGCCACGAUGGCAUUGUCAAGAGAUUUCACAUCAAAGCUCAAAUUCCGCGUCAAUAGUACUACCCAUCGCGCAGAUAUAGCAAAGCGGACUGGUGUCGACCAGCAUUUAAGGACAGAUCCUAGACCAGGGGGUAAUUCUUCCGGGGUUCUAGCUCUGGCGGCAAGUGCUACCAUAGGAGCUAUCUAUCUUCGAACGAAAAGCCUGAUAUCCGUGAUCAAGGGAUUGUAUGCGCUUCGGAUUCUAGAUGAGCGCCUUGAUGGAGUAAAUUUGAUGGAACUCUUUAAAGAUGAGAUUGACCACAUAUCUUCUGGGAAUUCCGUGCAGGAAUGGAGCCCUCAGGCCGAAGAUAUCGAACCAUUCACCCAGGGCACCUGCCCAUUUCCAGAGUUUUCGACGCCCUCAGAAAUAGGGGGCGUCUCCAUCUUUGAAACCUGCUACGAUGACAAAGGGGAACUCAAGAGAGAUGGGCUGUACACCAUGCAUCAAAUCUCGGAGCCCCGGGUGGCCGAAACCUUAGGCCAGCCGAUUCAGAGGAGGCAGGGGCCGGAAAUUGCUUUGCUUUCGCCCGGUGAAGAAGUCCAGACCGGGACUCUCCGUGAGAUUGAGUUAUCAGCCCAGCAUAAUGGCCGACGUGUAUUUACUCCCGGAGUAGACAUUUCUCCCACGGUCAAUGAAGAGCCGUACCGACCGAACGAUUUCUCGGGCUGGGUGUCGAGUCAACAGUCCUCAAACCAGCGCUCGUCAGGCAAGCGAAGAUACGUUGGCGGCAUGAAUCUGCAAAGAAGGAAACAAAGGCGCUUUGAUUGCGAAUUCGUACCAAUUCUGCGCCAAGAAGCCGAAAUGACCGAGGCUUUGGGCUUGUUGCCCCCGCAAAAUACUUACUUCAGACACACCAUUAAAACCAAGCUGCUGGAUCUCGAGCCGGAUCUGAUUUCAAGCCUCUGUCUGUUUUUGCUUCAGAUAGGCAGCGCGCGGGCAUUUGUUACCCUCCAGGCAGCUCUCAAAUCCAGCAGAGAGACAAAAGACCAUCUGUACGGCGCCCAAAGCAGAAAAUGGGUAUCACGUGAUCUCACUCUCAAAGACCGCUUCGAGGUCAUUGGUGAAAUCCAGGAGAAUGCAGCUUAUCUCCAAAUUCUGCGAUGUAACCACAUCCUGAACAUGUAUCGACAGAGUGGGGAGACGGCUGAGCACAGUUCAAGCUUCACUAUUUGGGCAGUGCCACGCGAUGUGUUAGAUAGCCGCCCGAGGGCAAGAGGCAAUCCAAAGAACAUUGCAGUGGCGGCGGCAGUGGACAAGAUGAUGGAAAAAAUAUUACCAGAUCUGGAAAGCAGCUCCGCGGUUUAUAAACGAAAACGUCGGAAGGUUUUGGAGUUUCGAAAACUCGGACAACGUCUAGACAUAUUAGCUCAUAGGUUUGGGGAUGCUGUUCUCGGCCUAAUUCAUUUUGACCAGCCCGGCGAGACGCCCGGCUCUGUGGCUACUGAGAAGAUUAUUCUCGAACCAACGGAUGAAACAUUUGAAAACUUCGUGGACAUACUCGAGGAAUCGCAAGGAGAACUCCUCCGAGAGAUCAGCACUGCGGCAAGAUCAUCCUUUCAACAUGUUCUUUAUGAGGAUAUGUGGCGGCCAGACCUCUUUCCGCUGGAACGGCACAUAGCAGAAGAUGUUCUCCAAUUGCCCAAAGGCUCGCAAGAGCUCCAAAACCUCUUGCGGUGA